AUGGAUCCGCACCACAACCCUGAUGAGCUGAUGGGCGAGGAGGAGCUCAAUAACUCCUUCUCUGUCGAAUCGUUUUUCGCUGAGGAGACCGCUACUCCUGCUGUCUCUGCUCCUCCCCCAGCAAAGCGGGUUUGUGCCGCUGCGUCUUCCAGCUCGACGCCCGUGGCCCCCCCGGUGGCUCCUGCGCGACCUCCGGUUACUCCACUAAUGGCCCCUGUGGCGGGUCCUUCCAACGCCGCGCCUGCUUCGUCUGCUCCAGCCCAGGAAGUCGGCCCUACUCCUGCCCUUUCUAUUACUGGACGUUUCAGUCGUCUUCGUCGUAACAGAGAUACCAUUGGUGUCAUUGUCGCUUCCAUUGUCCGUGAUACCGAAUCGGUCGUUGUCAUCCUGUUUCCGGAAUCCUUGGAGGCUCACCGCAGCCGUAUCGUUACACGUGUGCGUAGUGUGCUGCGAGGGCGCGAUUUUGCCGGUGGCCGGGUUCCUGCCUUUGAAGCAUCUGCUGGAGAAAUUCUGCGUCUCCCCCGCAAGUCUUACUACCGUCAUGUCUUUCAGUGGCAGUCGGUUGACGAUGCCAACAGGUUUCGCAGGCUGUUCCCGAUCUCAUACCGCUUUUCGGAGGGCCCCUCUGCGGAGAUCAAGCUCUUUCAAGAUCCCAAUCCCGACUUCUCCGCGGCGAAGGCGCGCGGUGAGACCAUCCUGGUGCUGCGUAACAUUCCGAUCGGGAUCUCCACCGAGGACAUCCGCAACCUGCUGGUUACGAACCGCUCGGUCGAAGGGGUUAAGUGGCUGAGCGACCUGAGUUUUUUUCACAAGCUGUACGAUCCAUACGACGAAUCGUUCCUGCCCCAGCUGUUGGGGGUACCCGUCGCCUCCCCCAACGAUCCCCUUUUCGAGGCCAUUCCGGCUGUCAUCUGGCUACCUGACGUGCAGGAGCCGAUACUGGUCAACGUAUCUUCACACUCGAUCAUUGGGCAGCACUCUGCCGUGGUCUCCUUCAAGGCAGACCCGGGCAUGAUGUUCAUUGGGACGGAUGUAGAGGUCAAAGUGUGGACUUGCGGGCUGUGUGCCUUUCGAUGCGGCUGGGCCCUGGACAGUGCUAUGGAGCACAUGGCCAGCCAUGCCCACACCUCUGCGCUGCAGACCCUCUCGGGCAGGUCUUCUCCCAUCGAGGAGUUCGGAGAGAUGAAGGCACACGAAUUCAACCAACAUGCUACUAUUGCGGGAUUCCUUGCACAGGGUUAA